AUGUCGGGGGACGACGACGGCCUCGAUGGGCCGCACUACGUGGCAGAAUUCGUGCCUCCGCCCGAGUGCCCCGUCUUCGAGCCCAGCUGGGAGGAGUUCAGCAACCCCCUCGGCUUCAUCGGCCGCAUCCGACCCUUGGCUGAGAAAACGGGCAUCUGCAAGAUCAGGCCGCCCAAGGAUUGGCAGCCUCCUUUUGCAUGUGAUGUGCAAAAUUUUCGUUUUACUCCACGGGUGCAGCGCUUGAAUGAACUGGAGGCAAUGACUAGAGUGAAGUUGGAUUUCUUAGAUCACCUAGCCAAAUUCUGGGAACUUCAAGGGUCUGCAUUGAAAAUUCCAGUAGUAGAAAGAAAAAUAUUAGAUCUUUAUUCACUGAGUAAGAUUGUUGCCAGUAAAGGAGGAUUUGAAAUGGUCACUAAAGAGAAGAAGUGGUCUAAAGUGGCAAGCCGAUUAGGUUAUUUACCAGGAAAAGCAACAGGUUCACUUUUGAAGUCACACUAUGAACGGAUCUUAUAUCCUUAUGAACUUUUCCAGUCUGGUGUCAGCCUUAUGGGCAUCCAAAAGCCAAACUUGGAUCUAAAAGAGAAAGUGGAAGUUGAAGAAGUUGCUGUUGAUGUUCAGUCUCCUCCAAAGCAAGCUGCAAGAAUGAAUGUUGUGCUGAAAAGAACCAGACGCAUCAAGUCCCAGGCAGAGGCAGGAGAGAUGAGUAGAAAUACUGAAUUGAAGAAGCUUCAGAUAUUUGGAGCAGGACCAAAGAUGAUGGGAUUGGCAUUGGGGACAAAGGAAAAGGAAGAUGAUGUUCCUCGGAGACGCAAAGGUACCAGAUCUGAGGCUUUUGGUAUGCAGAUGAGGCAGCGGAAAGGGGCACUAUCUGUCAACUUUGUUGACUUAUACGUCUGCUUGUUUUGUGGUCGGGGAAACAAUGAGGAUAAAUUAUUGCUCUGUGAUGGGUGUGAUGACAGUUACCAUACUUUUUGCUUAAUACCUCCUUUGCCUGAUGUUCCCAAAGGUGACUGGAGAUGCCCCAAAUGUGUUGCUGAGGAGUGUAACAAACCACGGGAAGCCUUUGGCUUUGAACAAGCUGUUCGAGAGUACAGCCUCCAAAGCUUUGGUGAGAUGGCAGAUAACUUCAAGUCGGAUUAUUUCAAUAUGCCAGUUCAUAUGGUUCCUACAGAAUUGGUGGAGAAGGAAUUUUGGCGACUUGUGAGCAGCAUUGAAGAGGACGUAAUUGUGGAAUAUGGAGCUGAUAUCUCAUCCAAAGAUUUUGGAAGUGGCUUUCCUGUAAAGGAUGGGAGGCACAAGCUAAUGCCAGAAGAGGAGGAAUAUGCUCUUUCUGGUUGGAAUCUUAAUAACAUGCCAGUCCUGGACCAAUCCGUCCUUGCACACAUCAAUGCUGAUAUUUCUGGCAUGAAAGUGCCUUGGCUUUAUGUGGGAAUGUGCUUUUCUUCUUUCUGUUGGCACAUUGAAGAUCACUGGAGCUAUUCCAUCAAUUACCUGCAUUGGGGGGAACCAAAGACGUGGUAUGGAGUGCCUUCCCAUGCAGCAGAACAACUGGAGGCCGUUAUGCGAGAACUGGCUCCUGAGUUGUUUGAGACCCAGCCUGAUCUUUUGCACCAGUUAGUCACUAUCAUGAACCCCAAUAUUCUUAUGGAACAUGGUGUGCCUGUGUACCGGACCAAUCAGUGUGCUGGCGAAUUCGUUGUGACUUUCCCCCGUGCCUAUCAUUCUGGAUUUAAUCAAGGCUACAAUUUUGCUGAAGCUGUGAACUUUUGCACUGCUGACUGGCUUCCAAUUGGACGGCAGUGUGUGAACCAUUAUCGACGCCUGAGACGUCAUUGUGUGUUCUCUCAUGAGGAACUAAUCUUCAAGAUGGCUGCCGAUCCUGAGUGUUUGGAUGUUGGGCUGGCUGCCAUGGUCUGCAAGGAAAUGACUCUCAUGACAGAAGAGGAGGCGCGCUUAAGGGAGUGUGUUAUACAGAUGGGAGUGCUGAUGUCGGAGGAGGAGGUGUUUGAGCUGGUUCCAGAUGAUGAGCGGCAGUGUGCAGCCUGCAGGACCACCUGUUUCUUGUCUGCCCUUACAUGUUCCUGUAAUCCCGAGCGGCUUGUUUGUUUGUGUCAUCCAAAUGAUUUGUGUUCAUGCCCUAUGCAGAAGAAGUGUCUGAGAUAUCGAUACCCACUGGAAGACUUCCCUUCUUUGCUAUAUGGAGUGAAAGUCAGAGCACAAUCUUACGAUACUUGGGUCAGCAGGGUCACAGAUGCGUUGUCUGCCAAUCUCAGCCACAAAAAAGAUGUGAUUGAGCUGAAAGUAAUGUUAGAAGAUGCUGAAGACAGGAAAUAUCCAGAGAACGACCUCUUCCGUAAGCUAAGGGAUGCUGUGAAAGAGGCAGAGACUUGUGCUUCAGUAGCCCAGCUGCUUUUGAGCAAAAAGCAAAAGCACAGACUGAAUUCAGACAGUGGAAGGACACGGACUAAACUGACUGUAGAAGAACUGAAAGCUUUUGUUCAACAGUUGUUCAGUCUUCCUUGUGUCAUCACUCAGGCUCGUCAAGUAAAGAACCUGCUGGAUGAUGUCGAAGAGUUUCACGAGCGUGCCCAAGAGGCUAUGAUGGAUGAGGUCCCAGACUCAUCCAAGUUGCAGACGCUGAUAGACAUGGGCUCUGGACUCUAUGUGGAACUUCCAGAAUUACCUCGCCUAAAGCAAGAGCUUCAACAGGCACGUUGGCUGGAUGAAGUGCGGGUGACUCUUUCAGAUCCUCAGAGAGUCACCUUGGAUUUGAUGAAGAAACUGAUAGACUCAGGGGUGGGCCUAGCACCACACCACGCAGUGGAGAAAGCCAUGGCUGAAUUGCAGGAGGUGCUUACAGUUUCAGAGAGGUGGGAGGAAAAAGCCAAAGUCUGCCUACAAGCAAGACCUCGACAAAGUAUUGCCGCUCUGGAGAAUAUUGUGAAUGAAGCAAAGAAUAUUCCAGCUUACCUGCCCAACAUUCUGGCAUUGAGAGAAGCCCUGCAGCGUGCUCGAGAUUGGACAGCCAAAGUGGAGGCCAUUCAAAAUGGAAGUAAUUAUGCGUAUCUAGAGCAACUUGAGAAUCUGUCUACAAAAGGCCGCCUCAUACCUGUCCGUCUUGAUGCACUUCCCCAAGUUGACUCACAGGUAGCAGCAGCCCGUGCGUGGAGGGAACGCACAGGCCGAACUUUUCUGAAGAAGAAUUCUAGCUACACACUUCUACAGGUUCUUAGCCCUCGAACUGACAUUGGUGUAUAUGGAAGCAGUAAGAACAGACGGAAAAGAGUAAAGGAGCUGAUAGAGAAGGAGAAGGAAAAAGAUCUUGACAUGGAAUCCUUGAGUGAAUUAGAAGAUGGAGUAGAAGAAUACAGGGAUACUGCAGCUGUGGUGGCUGUCUUCAAAGACCGGGAGCAGAAAGAGGUUGAAGCCAUGCACGCCCUCAGGGAAGCCAACCUGGCCAAGAUGACGAUGGUGGAUCGCAUUGAAGAAAUCAAGUUCUGCAUCUGCCGCAAGACGGCCAGUGGAUUCAUGCUACAGUGUGAACUCUGCAAAGACUGGUUUCAUAGCACUUGCGUGACCCUUCCCAAAACGAGCUCCCAAAAGAAGGGCUCCAGCUGGCCUUCCAAAGAAGUCAAGUUCUUGUGCCCGCUUUGCAUGCGAUCUCGAAGGCCUCGUCUUGAGACAAUUUUAUCUCUACUAGUGUCCUUGCAAAAACUCCCAGUACGGUUGCCAGAGGGGGAAGCAUUGCAGUGCCUGACAGAGCGAGCUAUGAGCUGGCAAGAUCGGGCACGGCAAGCCCUGGCCACCGAUGAACUAUCUUCUGCAUUGGCCAAACUUUCUGUGUUGAGCCAGCGAAUGGUAGAACAGGCAGCACGCGAGAAAACGGAGAAGAUAAUCAGCGCGGAACUCCAGAAGGCAGCUGCCAAUCCUGAUUUACAGGGGCAUUUGACUAGUUUUCAGCAAUCUGGGUUUAAUCGGGCUACAAGUAGUGUAUCUUCAUCUCCUCGACAGACUAUGGAUUAUGAUGAUGAGGAGACAGAUUCAGAUGAAGACAUAAGAGAAGCAUAUGGCUAUGACAUAAAGGACAAUGCCAGUGUAAAGUCUUCUAGCAGUCUGGAGCCCAACCUCUUCUGUGAUGAAGAAAUUCCAAUCAAAUCUGAAGAAGUAGUAACACACAUGUGGACAGCUCCCUCUUUCUGUGCUGAACAUGCAUAUUCAUCAGCUUCAAAAAGUUGUUCUCAAGGUUCCAAUACCCCAAGAAAGCAACCCCGUAAAAGCCCUUUAGUUCCUCGCAGUUUAGAACCUCCUGUGCUUGAACUGUCUUCUGGAGCCAAAUCACAGCUGGAAGAUCUAAUGAUGAUAGGAGAUCUCUUAGAAGUAUCUCUUGAUGAAACCCAACACAUCUGGCGGAUUUUGCAGGCCACACACCCGCCCUCUGAAGAUAGAUUUCUUCAUAUCAUGGAGGAUGAGAGCAUGGAUGAGAAGCCAUUAAAAAUCCGAGGAAGAGAUGCUUCAGAGAGGAAAAGGAAGCGCAAACUAGAGAAGGCAGAGCAGUUCUUUGGUGACCUGAAGCAGAAGUCUAAAGAGCUGAAGAAGUUGGAGAAACCAAAGAAAAAGAAGCUGAAACUGACAAUGGACAAGACAAAGGAGCUGAACAAACUGGCCAAAAAGCUGGCUAAAGAAGAAGAACGAAAGAAGAAGCGUGAGAAAGUGGCUGCAACAAAGGUAGAGCUGGUGAAAGAGUGCACUGAAAAAAAGAGGGAGAAAAAAGUUUUGGACAUCCCCUCCAAGUAUGACUGGUCAGGAGCAGAAGAGUCAGAUGAUGAAAAUGCUGUGUGUGCUGCACAAAACUGCCAGAGGCCCUGCAAGGACAAGGUAGACUGGGUGCAGUGCGAUGGUGGCUGCGAUGAAUGGUUUCACCAAGUUUGUGUUGGUGUCUCACCAGAAAUGGCAGAAAGUGAAGAUUAUAUCUGUAUUAACUGUGCAAGAAAACAGAAGCAAGGAGCAGGUAGUCCACCACCACCUCAUUUCCUGCUGACCUACAAGCUACCCAUGGAAGACCUCAAGAAGACAAGUUAGCAGCUAUUCGGUCUUGAUGAGACUUGAGGGAAAUGGAACACUGAGAAGGUGUGAAGCUAAUAUGGCCGCUUGGAAAGCUGCACUUCUGGCAGACAUACAGCCCUGUAGCGGAGCUGGCCAUACGCAGCUGGCUUCCAUUACAUGAAGCGGAUGUCACGGGCAAUGGGGUACUGGCCCAGCUAUGCAGAUAUCAUCUUGUUCAAAGGCCCAGUCAGUAUUUUUACUCCCAUGUUUCCUGCGGAAGGCUGAGUGUAGCUGCUGCCUUCAGACUAAGCAGAUGUGAGGCCCAUGGAUUUUUUUUUUUUUUUUUUGCCUCAACAGUUUAAAUUGAGAGCACUCCGGAGAAUCAUGAGCCCUCUGAGUUGCCCCAUAAUGGCAUGUUGGUUGAGAGGAGAUGGUUUUCCUUCAGCCUGUUCAGGUCAUUGAGGCAAUGUUGCUGAACCUGCUUUAAACACCACACCAGGAGGAUAGGAAACUCCUUUCUCUUCUGUUCCUUGAAGCAGAAGAACUGUAGCUCUCAAAAACAUUGGCUUUGUAUUUACCCCAAAGAAAUUAGGAUCAUAGUCCUUCUUGGGGAAAGCUCACAUAUAAAUGAAUUCAGAGCUAAGGCAUGUUACCUUGGCAAAGCACUCCUUCCGGCUUUGGUAGCUAUUUUUCUCUGUCUUCAGCUUUACCAACACCCUGUCACUAAAUUGUUUAAAGCAAGGUGCAGCUGGUUAUGGGUAUCAUGAGUGCAUGAGUUUUUCUAACGGGUUGCAAGCAGCCCCGCGCCCGCUUUUUCUUGAUUCUGCACUGAUAUGUCUUCUGUGAAAAUCUAAGUCACAGUAUCUUCAGCAUCAUCAAGUUAGUCUUGCAGUCCAUAAGAUGCGGUUUGCUUCCUCGCCUUUAGUUGUUGAUGAAUUUAAAGGCCUUCACUUGGCCACAGAUCCACUUUAACUUCCCUGCCCCUCUGUUUUCUGGAAGAUAGGUGGCUGAGGAAGGGAGGGGGAGUAUUCCCAAAUAACAAUUGUUUUAGUAAACCCAUUUUUUUAAGGACUGGUUUUUACUUUUUUCUAUGUCUUGGACUACUGACUUGUUCUACAAAAUAAAUAGAUUAUUUUUCUUUGUUUUUAUACUUACCACGGUUACCAGCAGCACAGAAAGAAAGAAAGAAAGAGGCUCACUAAACAAAAACCUGCCUGCAGGCUUGGGUUUUUUUACUUCAUUCCUUCCUUGUAGUACAAGGAACUUAGCAGUUACUCCCCACAUCCUUGUUCCCCCUGCUACCUGUGUUUUAAAUAGGUAAAAAAAAAAAAAAGAAAUCAUGUGCUACUUUCCUAUUGGGGUAUGUUUGGUUAGCAAGGCAUCUUCGUCCUUGCUGUGUUCCAGUUUAUGCUGGGUUUUCUGUAAGUAAAUGGCUGAAAAAAGCCAUAGUGGUGUCUCCCCCACCCCCAUUUAUCUAUUGUGUUUCCAUUCUUCUACAGCUCUAGAUGUGUUGUAACUAUAGCGUCCAGUCUUCUUAGCUGCAAGGGUUGGGAUUUUCUAAAACAUAAAAACUGUAGUGUUCUGCCUUGCC